AUGGCGCCUGUCCUCCGAGCAAGGCAGAGUCUGUCCAAGGACAAGUUCUCCAGCUACUUCGGGAACCUGAGGAGUCAACCCUACAACGAUGCCAAUAAUUCGCGGGGUUCAAAUCCUCACAGCCUACGCUGCAUUGCGUGGAAUCCCCUCGGAACCCUGGUAGCAACAGGCUCAUCAGAGAAGACUCUACGAGUGUGGAACCCCGAGAAACCUCAUGUGAAGUUCUCGACGGAGCUCAAGGGUCACUCAGCAUCUAUUGAAAAGGUAGCUUUCAAUCCAACCAAGGAUGCAGAGCUCUGCAGUGUGAGCAGUGACGGUGUGGUCAAAUUUUGGGACGUGCGGACGAAAGCCUGCUUCAACGAAGUCAAAGGACUUGGAGACGCCUUCACUCUCGUGUGGGCGCCAGACGGUAACUCGCUUCUCGUCGGGAACAAGGCAGACACUAUCUACGUUCUAUCACCGACUCAAUCCACGCCCAUCAGCACUCAUCAACAGUCGGUGCAGACCAACCAGAUCGCAUUCUGUUGGAGCGGCGAGAAGAUAUUCGUGACCACGGCAGAAGGCCGCAUUCGGGUUCUGUCGUAUCCGGGUUUUGAGCCUGUGCUUCAGAGCAAUCACGGUGAUGAAAAUAGCGAGUAUGAGCUUAACGGGCAUACCUCGUCAUGCCUGACCGCGGAUCUACAGCCUACUGGACGAUAUCUGGCGACGGGUGGCUCAGACUCGGUCAUUGCAUUGUGGGAUACCACGGACUGGGUAUGCCAGAGGACGAUUACCAGGAUGGUUGGCCCUGUCAAGAGUCUCAGCUUCACAUUUGACGGUAGUUUUGUUGUGGGUGGCAGUGAUGAAGGAUCUGGGCUGGAGAUAUCACAUGUUGAAACAGGAGAGCAUGUACACACAUUCAAGACGGCUGGUGCUUGUCCCGUAGUCGCCUGGGCUCCAACGCGGUAUUGCCUUGCGUACAGCGAUCUUGGGAUCUUGAGGAUUGUGGGUGUUGACGUUGACAGAAAAUAA